AUGGCUCUAGUGAUACGAGAUGUCUCCGCGCUGAAGCCGGAUAUCCGUCUGGCUCAGGCGGUAUCAGAGUUUGAAGCAGCGCUUACAGCUGAACAAAAAGUCACCUUCAGAGCCUCGCGAACCGCAGCGAUCAGCACAGCACCAACCAUGUCCGACGUCAUGCGUCUCACAGCAGAGAUGGAUCUCAAGGCCACGAGCAAGCAUGGUCGCAUACGAUGUUUUGGACCGCGAUUAACCAACAUGCUUCAAGCUAUUCAGCAGUUUGCAGCCCUGGGUGACAUCGUCGUUGGCGGGUCCCAGAACCUCAUCGCAUGUGGAGUCUGGUCCGCUGCGAGAAUGACUGUUCAUGUGAUGACCGGAUACUUGACGCAUCUAGAGAAGCUUUCAGUCCUGUUUAUGACCGUCGGCCGAAACGCACCCCGAUAUCAAGCAAUGGCUGCCAUAUAUCCGAAGUCCAAGAACCUGCAACGAUACCUCUGUGAAUACUUUAUCAUUGUCACCAAACUGUGUUAUGAACUGGUUACCUGGGUCCAAAAGCCAGCUUUGAAUCGAAUUUCAUCUUCCCUUAGAGACCCUGACAUGAAAGGCUUUCAGGCAGACCUGGAAACAUGGUCCGCAUCCAUCAAGGAAGAGGCCGAUCUCUUGCUCAGCCAACGUUUCCAAGAGGAAGCCAAAGAAAACGCGACAUUCAGAUCGAUAAUAUCGUAUCGAUCCGAAUAUAUCCAUCAUCGACAAAAGAUGGAUAGAAGCAUUCGCUUUCUGGACGCUUGCUCACAGCAUGAUUAUCGCACGACAUGGAAGCAGACGCGCAAGCGUGGGACAACUCGCACUCUACCUUCAUACAGUGAAUAUCAGAAAUGGAAGAGCACUCCGCAUGUCGGUGCUUCAAUUCUUUUCCGUGGAAAGUUGGGGGCAGGGAAAUCUGUCCUCCUCGCGAAUAUCAUCGAUGAUCUAAACCUCCUCCAAAACGCCAUUACGCUAUACUUCUUUGUGCGCCAUGACACUCCCGACUCUCUCAGCUCUAGAACCAUCUUUGGGUCUCUGGCUCGACAGCUGUUGGAAAGCUUCGUCAACGAUAGCAGGUUCGAUCACAUGUUCGCGGAGCGCUUAUCUCAACUAGACCUCGAUGAUAUCAUUGAGAUCUUCCGAAUCGUCCCAUCGCAUGGUAGACCUGUAUAUAUCGUACUCGAUGGACUCGAUGAAUGCUCCACAGAAGAACAAGAAAUUGUACUUCGCUGUCUAUCAUCCCUCAAGCCCAAUGGUUACAAGCUUUGCAUGUCAGUCAGGACUCCUACAGAAAGCUCAGUAUGGGAAGACCAGCAUUUUGAACUUGACGAGUCUAUACCAGAAGAAAAUCAGGACAUAGCCGACUUCGUGCAAGCUGAAGUCGAUCAAAGAGUGCGAAAUAAACGACUAGUUACUCUAGACCCGUUGCUGGUCCAAGACAUCAAACAGGAGCUCAUUGAUGGCGCGUGUGGAAUGUUUCUGUGGGUUGCACUACAACUUGAUUCGAUAUGUUCCGAAAUGUCUGAUAAUGCAAUACGUGAAGCAAUUCGCGACCUUCCGCGGGAUCUCACGCAAACGUAUGAACGGAACCUACUCAAGUCCAGCUCAAGCGACUGCAAGGGUUACCACAUUAGAGUUUUCAAGUUACUCGUUGGCGCUAGAGAACCUUUAAAGACAGAGCAGCUACGAGAGGCUGCCAGUGUCAAGACCGGACACACCAUUUGGAGUCAACAGCAGCAGAUCAGCAACAUCCAGGCAGCUCUGAGGUUCUGUGGCUGUCUCGUGAUGGUUGACGAAGAGGAUGAUACAGUCAGGUUCAUCCAUCACAGUGCUCGAAGUUUCUGCCUCAACUCACCUAGAAAUGCAGCAGAAUGGACCUUUACUGAGAGGGAAGCCAAUCUUGCCAUUGCUGAGACAUUGGUGACCUAUCUCAGCUACAAUAUCUUUGACACCAGGCUGUCUAAGAACGUCAUCCCUAAAAUUGAUGCCAACGGCAUGCCUGCAAAGGUUAUGUUGAGCACAAUGACAAAACGCCAGAUUGGGAGUCGCGUCACAAGCAAGCUGUUCAGAUUCAAAUCUCAACUUCAACAGAAUAUCGGCCCAACUCUCGCUGAACUUGGCCCCAGUUAUCAAGAGAGCCAUGUGCAAGAAUUCUUCUUGCUUUCAUAUGCCAAGAGUAACUGGAUUCGGCAUACUGCGCAAUUAGAGAGUCUUCCGUCGCUGCCCCAUUGGUAUCAUUUGCUGGAUCAUGCUACCUUUGGGAUCAAAAGCAAUGAUAUUGAUGAAGCUGUGCGAAAAUUUGCCGAUCAUAUCGGCAGUAGCAUAACCUUAUCCCCUUGGAACUCAUUAUUAUAUGCACACCCACGGAUGGCUUGGGCAAUUUUCAAUGGCCACAUUCUUCUUCUCAGACACGAGAUCAUCAAGUAUCGUGGAGUAAGAAAGCUACAGGCUUUUGUUACGCUUUGGCUUCUUUUAGUGAACCUUCCAGAACAUGCCCUUUUACAUCAACUAGACUAUCAUCUUGUUAGGUGGUUAUGUCUGAUGGCUAUUCGCCUAGGUACAAGUCAGCCAGUGAAGACGCUCCUUUUACGUCGGCUUUCAGCUUCUGAUGAUUGCUUUAUUGAAUUCGCUCGCGAAGCUAUACUCUCUUCUGACGCUGAAGCCUUUACCUUUUUCCUGAAUCGUUUCACGACGGAGGAUGUUCAGCAUUUCAAAAACAAUGCAUAUCUUAUAGAGUGGGCAAUAUCAUCUGGAAACGCAACAAUGCUCUAUCUUCUCGUAGGCAAAGGCCUAGCUACAGAUCCCAUCGUCAACGGGCGUGGCAUUACUCAAGCGUUGAAACUCAACGUUCCAGAUGAACUCAAGUUUCGCUUAGUAAAUGGUCUUUUUCGUACUGCUUUCGACGUAGGUACCCUUGGAGAAGACGAGCUUUAUGGAGCGAUUGCACUGUUUCGUUAUCGUACCAGCCUCCAAAACGUGUCCCAUACAUUUCGAAAGGUGUUGGCCUCGAGUAGCCGCAUAUCUAGCCGAAAAGAGGAUAUUCUUUUGCGCAUGGCAUGCAUAUGGGAACAUGAGGAAGAGACUCUAUUUCAAUUCUUAGAUACUACUGAUGCGAGUACAUUGGGAAGAGGCUGUCUAGACAUUGCACUUCGUGGUCCUUUCAAAGACCGAAGGAAACUCAUCUGGACUCUUCUUAAUUUCGGUGCUCAGGCAACUACUGAAGUAGUAGACCGAGCCUUGGAGUUACGAUAUUGGAACCUUGCAUUACAUUUCCUCACAAAGAUCAAACCUAAUUUCUCGUAUCCUUAUUUCUACUCUGCUACCACUAGCGAUUCGGUAGCUACCAUCGACUCAUUCCUCAACAAUGCUGAGCUCAAAAAGGACCUGCAUACUGACAUACCACAGCAAUGUCAGUUGCCUAUCGUGCAAACAUAUGGUUGGGCGAAAUGGCAGUUCUACUUCGGACCUCCAUUUGUUGGAGAUGGGCACUGGGGAGCGCUUGGUGCUCAAACCCGCGGCCUUACCGACAACAUACAUUCACAGCUCACCACGACGCAGGACCCCAGUAAUGCGCGGUUCUCUAGCCAAUUUAAAAACAACCGGAGCGACAUGACACUGGCUGUUGAGACAACUGUAUUCAUGACGGGUCUACAAAACCCACUACGACCCCAGACCCCGUGCUUGAGACUUAGUACCCCAAGCAGCUUCGAAGUUAUUUCCGCACUCACCAGAAGAUGGCAAUCAAUAUCGGACAGCCUUGCCUUGCUGGAUACCGACGAAAACUCCGUCAUGAUGACCCAUUAUGAGAAUUACUAUCCGAUUUGGGAUAGCAUAAGUCGAAACAAUGACUUCGGUCGCUGGUUGCUGCCAGACUCAUUCUGGGACACUCCAAAGAUUCGGCGACUCGUUGAACAGCGUAGGUAUCUGACGCGUAGAAAUGACGAAGACGCCCAUUGGGGAUUACAAAUUCUAAGCAAAUGCCUUGCUUUGUUUUCGAAUCUACCGCCUGGAUCGACCCUAGACGCCGUGGACGAGGUAGGACUAUCCUUUCCGUCGAAACCCUACGAAUGGCCACAGUUUUCAGGAAGACUCUUGUCCAACCCAACCUACAUGGCUCUCCGCAUUCAAUGGCUAAGGACUUUGGGAGUCAUGUUCAACAAAGGGCUGCUUACAAAGUGGAAUAUUACUGAGCAAUUGUUAGUAGAAAUGGGUAGUAUGGUUGAGGUCCUGCCUGGAAUGAUUGACAUGUACCCAGGGCUUGCACAUCGUCUUGACGACCAUUCCACUAUGCCUGAGACUCUCGAAGCAGCCUUUCUCGGUGCUGAGGGCAGGGAGGUUCUCGCAAGUCUGGUCCGUCAGAUUCGCAACUGGGCUAUAAAUGUUUGCUUGUGGAUUGAAACAGUGGACACAGGAAUAUUCAUGUGGUCUAUGGGUGAGAACGCUCCUCUAUCGUUCAUAAGGGCAUUCCAAUCGUUUCGCGAAGUGGGUGUCUUUGAUGAAGACAUGGAGAUGCUAGAACGAUCACUGGAUGUUGCUAGGGGGAAAGUACCAGAGCUAGAGUGA